AUCAGCGUAAGCCAAUUUUUAGAUAAUUUAGUCAACGUCCUCGCUAAAGAGUUAGGCGCAGCAGUUGAGUAGCAAAUUGAAAACAAAAAAGGAGAAAAACCGGAAGAAUUGAGAAUAUUGGCGAUAAGCUAAUGCCUGAAGAGCCCAGAUAACAAAAACAUCACAUUGCUUAUUGCUCACAAACAACAAAAAUAGACUGUUCGCCUGGUGCUGGCAGUCAGUUACUCAUAAGCUUCGUACGGAGUGAAUUCGAUUUUCUUAUAGCUGCGGUACACGAAAUAUUUUAUUCGUGUUUUUCACAAUUUCUGAGAGUUAAAAUCACAUUUAGGUGGAGUACAUAAAAUAAACAAAAUAAAACCAAUUCUUAAGCAAAAAUAAAAGACUGAAAUAAUUGAAAACAAGCUAAAAUUAAUUAAUUAAUUUUGCAUGUUAUUUUGUGUUGACUUGUAAUUCGAGCAGAAGAAUAUAUUUCAUACAUUACCUAAAAAUAUAGAAUAGAUAAUAAUAGAAGGGCUCAUUAAGUGCGGUUAAUAGUGGUGUGUAUGUGUGUGAUAUUUGUAAAAAUAAUUUAAAUUACAUACAAGUACCGAGUACACCUGUUUUGUUCCCAACGUAUUGCUGCUUAUUGAAAAAAAAAAAACAGCUAAAAACGUGAGCGAACAAAGCGCUUGGAGGCGAACGUACAAACGAAAAUUGAAGGCAAGAGUGCUGCGCAGUUACCAAGGUGAAAACGCAGCAACGUCAAAAACACUGUAUAAAACCGGGACAAUCGCACUGUCAAUCAUCGAUGUCGACGCUACAAACGGCCUCGACCGAGGAAAUUCGCGUGCUAGCUGCUCGAUUGUGCCGCGAAUACUUGACUGGCCGCUGGAAAACGAUCAACCAGGCUGAUAUAAUUGUCAAAAAGAUCAAUGGCGGAUUGUCGAACCUCCUGUAUUAUGUAAGUCUACCGGCGAAUGACAAUAACUCCCAGUUUAUCCAAGAUCAUUCCACAGCACCUCAAGGAAGUGAGGAUUAUGUCAAAUUGAAUUCAGAUAGUUCUGAUUGCGACAGUAUAAAUAAUAAUAGUAGUGAUGAGCCAUUAUCCUUAGCGGCAAGACAAUCUACCAGUGAGCCAAAUGAGGUCUUACUUCGCAUCUACGGAGAAGUCCAUGGCGAGGAAGACGACGCCUUAGCUGGCAUUAUCACAGAAUCUGUUGUUUUCGCAUUAUUGAGCGAAAGAAAUUUCGGGCCUAAACUAUAUGGAAUUUUUCCUGGUGGACGCCUUGAACAAUACCUCAAUGCACGCGCUCUACUAACCCAGGAAUUGGCAGUACCGAAAAUCUCACAGAAAAUUGCCGAGAAACUGGCAGAAAUACACACUUUAGAUAUCCCCAUGUCAAAAGAGCCAGAAUGGCUGUGGAACUGCAUUGAGCGAUGGCUUAAAACAGUGAACAAAAUUUUGGCGCGAAGCGAUUGGGGUGAUAAAGCAGCGCUGGUGAAUGAAGUGAAAAGUUUUGAUUUCCGCAAGGAAAAGGCCUGGCUGCAAUCUGUCAUCAAUCAAGGCAACUACAAAGUUAUGUUCUGUCACAAUGACAUGCAAGAGGGCAAUAUACUGCAUGCUAACUCGGGCAGUGAUAAGUCAAAUGGAGCGAGCAAUUGCUCGAACGGUGAUACGAAACCUCUAAACAGUUUAUUAACCUGCGACGAUGCUGAUCCAGAUUUACAAAUCAUAGACUUUGAAUAUUGCGCAUACAAUUAUCGUGGUUUCGAUCUCGCCAAUCAUUUCAUAGAAUGGACAUUCGAUUAUAGUAACCCGGUGGCGCCCUACUUCUAUCAAUACAAGCAACAAUACCCAACAAAGGAGCAACGUCAGAGAUUCUAUGUGGCCUACUUGCGAAAGAUCAAUGAAAAUGUGUUGGGUUACACACCCACACAGGCGGAAUUGGAGAGUGUGGAUGAUGAAGUGCGAGUGUUCUCAAUGUUCUCACACCUGUUCUGGAGUGUGUGGAGUGUUGUGAUGACACUCGCCACCAUUGAGUUCGGUUACUGGGAAUAUGGUGUGGCUCGUAUACGUGAAUAUCAGUUACUCAAAAGCAAAUUUGAGCGUGAACAUGCUCAGGAUUCGUGAUAGUCCGACUAGUGGUGAUAUUUGGAGUAAAGGCCCAGUUAGUUUAGACACUAAAUGUACGCAACUUAAGUUAACUUAAUUUUUUUAUAAGUCUGUAUUAUAAGAAACUUGAGGAACUGUACAAGUAGAUUAAAAAAGCCAUGCGAAUAGAUUAUGAACAAAACAAAAAAAAAAAAAAUAUGUAGGUAGAUCCAAGGAAAUAUGCCUGCGGUAACACUGAUUGGGAAUGUCUGUACAUAGCACAGAAGCCAGAUGUAAAUAGACUUUUAUGCCAUGAUAUGUCAUGUCAUGUUGUGUUAUGUUAUGCCAUACUAUGCCAUGUUAUGUCAUGUCAUGUAAUAAGAUGUCAUACUAUGUCAUGGCAUGUCACUUUAUGUUAAGUCAUGUUAUGCCAUGUCAUGUUAUGUCAUGCUAUGCCAUGUCAUUUUAUGCUAUGCCAUGUAAUAUUAUGUUAUGUCAUGUCAUGUUAUGUGAUGCCAUGUUAUGCCAUGUCAUGUAAUACGAUGUCAUACUAUGCCAUGGCAUGCCAUGUUAUGUUAAGUCACUUUAUGUCAUGUCAUGUUAUGUCAUGUCAUAUUAUGUUAUGUCAUGUAAUUUCAUGUAUAGGCGAGACAGUUACACGCAAAUCUAAUUAUACAGAUUAAGUAACGGCCUAACGUGAAUUGAGGUUAGUUACCAGCUGCUCGUUUUAAUAAUCCGCAAUAAAGCAUUUAUGUAAAAAUUGUUAUUAAAACGAAUUUAUUUGAGGCGCCCUGUAGACUGUGUACUGGCAAUCAGCUAGCACAAAAAAAAAUACCUAUAAAACCAAAAAAUAAGAUUUUAACAAAGAAAUUUAUAUGUCGAGCAAUCGUUGUCAAUUUCUUACUGUAAGUUAGCUUACGAAAAUUAAGCAUCGACUAACUGGGCCUCAACGCAUUUGCUUUGCAAUACUGAGCUGACGUUUGGUAAUGGAUGUAUGCACAUAGGGCUAGGUGGCGCCAUUGCGUGACGUUAUUUUUUUCUUGAAUUUUACUUACGAAUUUAAAGACGGUAAAUUUUGUGACCGGAUUAUAGCUCGUAAUUUUCGCUUAGCGAGGAAAAAAUGUUUGCAAUCGCUAUGCUUUCAUAAAACAGACAAAACAAAUAUGCACUUACUUCCUUAUACAUUUAUGUAAAUAUGCAAAUAAAGAUGAAUAUUCUAAACAUUUAUAAUUGCUUUGGCCAGCUGUGUUUUUCU